CAGAGGCAUUAGUGUAAGUUACAUGAAGAUAGGAUUUUAAAAUGCCAGUAGAAGAUGGGUGCUUCAUCAUACAAAUUCAUUGCUAGCAAAACGGACCAUUGUUUUGAGUAUUAUAAUCCAUUUACACGUUUUUACAGACAAUUAGGUCCAGGUUCAGGUCCAGACCUGGACUGUAUCUGUACCUGAAUUUUCUGUACCGGUACCCACCCCUAGUCCUAGCACGUUCACUCUCACUACACUCACCCUUAUCCUGCACCUGUCCACAGUGAUGAGCCUUCCGUUUUCACCAGACAAUCGUCGUUAGAUUCAGACCCUGGUGAUUUCCUGAACAUAAGUGCCCGGCUGAGAACGUCUUUGAAGCUGCUGUGUGAUACAAUGAAAAAACAAAUCAUCUCAAGGGCCUUCUACGGAUGGUUAGCCCACUGUCGUCACCUGAGAACAGUACGUACCCACCUAUCCGGGCUGGUGCACCACAAGAUCGUGUCUCAGGACCGACCCAUGGACGCCACGUUUGGUCUGACCGGGGACAUGUGGUGGAGCAUGCACGAGGAUGGACAGGUGAAUGAUGAAGAAGAGAUCUACAGACUAGUGUAUUUUGGAGGCUGUGACCAUGAAAUUAGGGCAGAGGUAUGUUAAAGAGCAGAGGCAUAAAGUAAAGAUAUA